AUUUUUUAACGUUGAUAUGGAACUUUUUGAAUGCUGCUAAGGAUUUUUUUAUCGUAACCAUAACCUUAACCAUAGCCAAAUGUAUAACCAUAACCAUAACCAUAACCAGAAUCAUAACCAUAACCAUAACCAUAACCAUAACCAUAACCGUAAUCAUAACCAUAACUAUAACCAUAACCAUAACCAUAACUAUAACCAUAACCAUAACCAUAACUAUAACCAUAACCAUAACCAUAAUGAAAAAUCGAAUCAGUCCCCUGAUUGGUUGAGCUAGAAUGCGAACAGCCAAUCGGAAUGCAGGAAUGUCACGGAAAAUUUUCACGGGACGGACUUUUCGAAAUUAUAAUAUAGAUAUUGAAAUUCCAUCACUAUUUUGCAAUAUUUUAACAAACAUAAUUUUUUUCUUUUCAGAACGCGCUACUUUCUAAAUUAUAGCCGUACUAUCAAUCUGAAAUUGAAUAUCAUAGCAAUUUUGCAUACGGAGGGAAUACCAGUGUGCCGUGCACCUUUGAUUAUUAUGUGUAACCAACAAAUUAUUAAUUAAUUGCAACCACAAGUUAUUAUUUGGUUUGAUUUGUGAUUGUUUGAAUUUCACUAAGCGUCAUAAAAUCAGGAUUUUUAGUUGACGUCAAGAGUGGACGUCCCCUAGGAGGGUCGAGCUGCAGCUCGAUCCAAUUCCAAUUGGAUCAUCAAUGCCUCGAACCAUUUCUCUCUUUCUCACUCUCUCAGCCAGAAUUCACAUCUGUAGUUUGUUUUGGUUUUGGGAAGAACACUUACUGCACAAGUGUCUGACAAAAAAUAUUGAGUUGAUUGUAAAAUAUGAAAUUAAUAUUCUAAAUAAACUCCAAGUUUUAAUAAUUCUGGUAACUGCUUUUCUCGAGAUCAUGAUGAUGGAGGAGGCAGCUCAAGGAGGAGAUCCCAUGUAUGAUUCCGAUGAUGAAACUGCUGACGUCCAGUCCGGAUUAAUUCUGAUUCCCGACGUAAUUUCUCAUGUUUGCAAAUUCCUUGGGAUCUCAGACAUCAAGAAGUGUCGACUAAUCUGCAAAUCGUGGAAUGAUGGGGCUACCACUGUUCUUAAAGUUAGGUCAAUAAUUGCCAUUCAACUCCAUGCUGAAAAUUAUACAGAAGGCGACCCAUUCAAAGGAGAAGAAGAAGACAAAUUGAAAUUUGGCCCGGUCAAUCUUCACAUCAAGAUUUCAUACAAAUACAGCCCCGAGGAGUAUACGAUACCCCGCAUCGAUCCCAAAAUCUACGACGCGGUGGGAAAACUAAAAUAUUUCUUUGUCCAGUUUAUUACCGAACAUGAGUUACAGUGGCAGAAGGACUUUUGUCGAAAAAUCGUUCUCAAGUCGGCCCCCAUCCUGGAAAAAUUAAAGUUUCAGUGGGACACGUAUCAUGAUUUUCCGGCCCUGCGUCCCCUCGUUUUUCCGAAGCUGAAGGAACUCGUGAUAUUUUAUGGACGCCUGGCCAGAUUUAAAUCCAGCGAGAGGAUGGGUCACUCUAUUACGGAAGCUUUCCCGGCUUUGGAACAUCUUGAAAUUGAUACCCGCAAUUUAUAUGAACUUUCAAAGAUUGAAAUGUUGCCGAGAUUUCCUUUAUCACUUAGUUCCUUGAAAUUAAGCGGGAACCUGGGCGCUGAAGGGUUGGAAUCCCUGCUGAAAAUUCCUGGCGCUUUAAAGAGACUUGUAUUUGGUCCAAUUUCUCUCGUAACCAUGGUCCAAACUGCACACGAGCUGCCACCAAUUUUGCACAGAUUUUUACAAAAACAUUCCUUAACUCUUGAAACACUUGAAAUUGUCCUGUCCUGGGAGUAUGACGAUCCCAGCGAUGAAAGUGACCAUAGACAGCCCACGCUUCAAUGGCAAUUCCCAGUAUUUCCGGUUUUGAAAAGUCUUGAAAUUUGUACGAGUUAUGUUUGCCGAACUAGAAUUUGAAACUGGCAUCGGGUCCGGAGUGUUUGGAGGGAUUGAUUACAAAGUGUGUCUUCCUGCCUUGGAGAAUUUACAUGUGAGCACAAACUCCAAUGAUUUUUGCUAUUUGGCUGCCCUCCUUCCGUCAGAAGGUCGUCGGGACGUUGUUGUUGAGUCGGUGAAAAAAGUUGAAAUCAAGGUUUUGGGAUGGUUGGAAGAGCCAAAUGAUUUUGAAGUAGGUCGAGCCGCGCUUUGUACACGAUUGGCGGAGAUUUUUCCGAACGCGAGGGAUUCGGUCAGGAUUUCUUUUACAAUAAUUACAUACUCUUGAAUAUGUUGUAAUUAAGACUAUGUAUGAAGAAGAGUUGAGUUGAUUGAGAACAAUUUGUCGUAUAAAAGAACUCAGAGGUCGACGCCGCCGAUCUCACGCCGCCGCGCCGCCGAACGCCGGUAGUAUUUUGGGCGCCGCCGCCGCCGAAAAAUUUGAUUUCCUAUUCCUUCAACAUUGGGACGCCGCGCCGCGCCGCGCCGCCGAAAAUUCCCCGAAAAUUUGUCGGCGUCGACCUCUGAAAGAACUGAUUGCCGAUAAUAUUUAUGAAUAUUUUAUACGUGUUAUGCAGAUAAGCUGCCCCAUUCAUAAUUGCGGAUAAAUAAAACGAGCUGUAAUAUGUAUA